AUGGUUCCUCACCGUACCCAUGAGGAGAGACAGGCCUCUCUCGAGGCAAGACGGGAGCAAGAUAACAAUCUACUCCAGCACAAGAUUGGCUAUCAGCCACAACUGAGGCGCACCUUCUCAACCUUUGAGACGUUUGGCCUGGCCUUCGCCAUCAUGGGCCUCAUGCCCAGUAUUUCCAGCACCCUGGUGUACGGUCUCCCGGCGGGACCGGCAGGUCUCGUCUGGGGGUGGGUGAUUGCCUUGACCUUCAUCACCAUCAUUGCCAUUUCGGUGGGAGAGCUGGCUUCAGCAAUGCCGACCAGUGGCGGUCUUUAUUUCUGGACGCAUUUCUAUGCCCACCCGUCGAUCCGAAACCCAUUGUCGUUCUUUGUGGGUUAUGCAAACACUCUGGGAAACCUGGCCGGCCUGAUCUCCACUGAGUAUGGAGCAGCAGUCAUGGUCUCAUCCGUCAUCUCCAUUGGCAACGAUGGGGCCUGGUCGGCAACAACACCGCAGCUCUAUGGUAUCACGGUCGCCAUCCUGGUCUCGCACGCCCUCAUUUGCAGCGUGGGCAAUCGCUGGCUGGCCAAGAUGCAAACCCUCUAUGUCAUUGGGAACGUCCUCAUGGUCAUAGUUACAUGCAUCGGCCUCCCCCUCUCGCUGCCCAGCCAUCGACGCAACUCGGCCAAAUGGGUCUUCACCCAUGUGGAAAAUCUAUCCAGCUGGCCGGCAGGUUUCACAUUCAUUCUCUCGUUUCUCGUUCCCGUCUGGACCGUCAACGGCUUCGACUCGGCCGUGCAUAUCUCCGAGGAAGCCACCGAUGCCGCCAAAGCCGUUCCCAGAGCCUUACUCUCGGUGUGCAUCUCCUGUCUUGUCUUGGGCUGGUGCUGCAUCAUCGCCAUUUGCUUUUCGAUGAAUCCCGAUGUCGCUGCCAUCUAUGGCACUCCUUUGGGACAGCCGAUGGCCCAGAUCUACCUGGACGCCUUUGGAAAGAAAUCCACCCUGGCGAUUUGGAGCUGCAUGCUGGUUCUACAAUGGACCAUGGGGUCAUCUUUGGUGAUUUCGGCCUCGCGACAAGUCUGGGCAUUCUCUCGUGACGGGGCCUUACCGCUGUCCCGAUACAUCAAGAGGGUUGGGCGGAAUCAGGUUCCCGUCUUCGCCGUAUGGACAUCAGCCUUCUUAGCCGGUCUGAUGGGCCUGUUGGUCCUGAUCAAUGCGGCUGCCUCGUCGGCGCUCUUCUCUCUCCUCGUGGCCGGCUGCUACACCGCAUACUGCGUGCCGGUGUUUUCGCGCCUUGCUUGGGGCAAUGCCAAAUUCGCGCCCGGUCCUUUCCACACCGGCGUGUGGAGUAAACCCAUUGCCGUGACCGCCAUUCUCUUCGAGGUCUUCAUGUUUCUCGUCUUCCUGUUUCCAGUUGGCGGGCCCGAUCCGUCGGCAGAUGAGAUGAACUAUGCAAGUGCCAUCUAUGGUUUCGUCAUUCUCAUCACCAUCGUCUACUGGUAUCUGCCUGUGAUUGGGGCAAAGAAGUGGUUCACCGGCCCGAAAACCCACCACAACCCAACACAAGUCGCCGUCGAAGAGAUCACCGCCGUCACGCCGUCAGAGCAGAGUCUAUAUCAUCAACCCGAUUCGGCCAAAGGCUUCCGAUACGAGGGUGAGGUCUGA